AACUUUUGUGAAACACAUUUCCAAUGGAAGUUUGAUGAUAAAUGCUUUAAGAUGUAUUUACUCUAGUUUAGCUACGUAUUUUGUUGUAUAUUUAAGAUUUACUGUGACGAUGCUGAAGAUCGGUGGUGGCGCCGCGCUGGUGGCGGCCAUCGUUGCCGUGUUCGUGGUGGCGACACAAGGCAGGGAUCCUGAGCUGGAGGCACUGGAGCAUGAAGGCAGGGACUACAUUCAGAUGCUGGACCAAGCAGCCGGGGUCAGGAAGAACAGAGCUAGUCUGGCUGAGUGGGAGUACACAGCGAAUAUUACUAAGGAGAAUGAAGACAAAUGGAUACAAAUAAGACUGGAUAUAUCAAAGCAAGACAAGCUGGCGUGGGAGGAGACGAAGAUGUACAAAUGGCAGGGAUUCCAAGACAACACCCUGAAGAGAAUGUUCAAGAAGUACAGCGAGCUUGGAGUAGCGGCGCUGCCUGAUGACAAAUACCAGCAGCUGAUGAGAUCAGUAUCGGGGAUGGAGGCGAACUACGCCACGUCGAAGAUCUGCUCGUUUAAGAAUAGCACCAAAUGUGAUUUAGCUUUAGAACCAGAUAUAACAGAGAUCUUCGCCAAGAGCCUGGACCCUGAGGAGCUGAAGCACACCUGGGUGGAGUGGCACAAGGCAGCCGGUGCCAAAGCUCGCGCGAACUUCACACAGUACGUGCAGCUGUAUAAUGAGGCUGCUAAACUUAAUGACUUCAAAGACGUGGCGGACUGGUGGCAGGCGGACUACGAAGUGCCUGACUUCGAGGAGCAGUUGGCCAAGCUGUGGGAGGACGUGAAGCCUUUAUACCAGCAGCUACACGCCUACGUGCGCAAGCGCUUGCGCGACAUGCAUGGCGAUCACGUCGUGUCCGCCAAGGGGCCCAUCCCGGCACAUUUAUUAGGUAACAUGUGGGCCCAAACUUGGAACAACAUUGAACACUUCACUCGUCCGUAUCCCGAUAAGAAAGAAGUGGACAUCACCCAAGCGAUGAAGGACCAGAAAUACACCCCAUUGAAGAUGUUCCAGAUGUCGGACAAGUUCUUCAGGUCGUUGAACCUGACGGCCAUGCCGGAGAAGUUCUGGAAGAAUUCUAUUAUUGAGAAACCGACGGAUAGGGAUAUUGUUUGUCACGCGUCGGCGUGGGACUUCUAUGACGGGGAAGAUUUUAGGAUCAAACAGUGCACCACAGUUGAUUACGAAUAUUUCCAAACUACACACCAUGAGAUGGGGCACAUACAGUACUUCCUACAGUACAAAGAUCAGCCGGCCAUAUUCAGGGAUGGAGCGAAUCCAGGGUUCCAUGAAGCCGUUGGCGACACGAUUGCGCUCUCCGUGUCGUCUCCAAAGCACUUGCGCAGCGUCGGGCUCAUCAACGGAGAUGCUGAGGACGAGCAGACUGAGAUCAACCAGCUUUAUAAAAUGGGUAUAGACAAAAUAGUGUUCCUGCCAUUCGCAUACACUCUCGACUUGUUCCGCUACGGAGUGUUCCGAGGGACCACCCCUCCUGAGGACUACAACUGCCACUAUUGGAGGCUGAGGGAGGAACUCCAAGGCGUGGAGCCUCCAGUCAACAGAACUGAGGAAGACUUCGAUGCUGCUGCCAAAUACCAUGUGUCUGCUAAUGUUGAAUACGCUAGAUAUUACGUGUCCUUCAUAAUUCAGUUCCAAUUCCACCGAGCGCUGUGCAGUAUUGCCGGCGAGUACGCGCCCGAAGACUUGACUAGGAAGUUGGUGGACUGUGACAUCUACGAGAGCAUAGCCGCUGGUAAUGCUUUAGGAAACAUGCUAAAGAUGGGUUCAUCGAAGCCCUGGCCGGACGCCAUGGAAGCGCUGACGGGCCAGCGCGCGAUGAAGGCGGACGGUCUCCUGGAGUAUUUCCGACCGCUGUACGACUGGCUCGUGGCCGAGAACCAGCGUACAGGGGAGCACAUUGGCUGGGAACCUAGUAAAAUACAAUAUUGCACCGGCGAGCAGCUGGCGGCGCUGAGCGCGAAAGAUGCGCGCGCGCCGGUGUCGUGACCGCCCAGUACUUACGCGUAGUUGUAGCAGCGACAGUAUUCCUAAUUAAACGACUUUUUUACA